AUGCCUUUGGCCGACGUCUUUGACGACGCCAUCGCUCAGCGUGAAGCUAUUCGGCAGUCCACACAAGACUCGGAACAUACCAUUACACCCAAUACCCCUACCCCUAAACCCUCACAGUUUAAUGCACACUUUGAUACAGACCAUCCAAUUCCCAAUGACGUUUCGGAUGCUGAACCCAGAUUACGGCCAGAGCAAACCUCCAAAUCUCUUUCCAGACUGUCCGCUGCACCAGAUACCCCUUCAGCAAGGACAGGUCCUCCACGCUCCCUUUCUUUUGCCUAUGUUAUAGCCGGAUCACAUACCCCUGCAAAUCAUGCAGGAUAUUUUCCAACUCUUAGCGAACAACCCCCGGAUACUUCAGUAAUAGAAACAGAUUAUAGCUUUGCAGACGUUGACACAGAGUUUCGCGGUGCCUUGGAGCAUCCCUCUUUCUUAGAAGACCGCAAAGGGAAACGACGACAACGAGACCGAAGUAAUUCAGACGAUGGCUGGAAUAUCAACCCCAUGAAGUGGUUCCAAGAAUCGCCCAAAGACGAGAAACCGGCCAUGGAUUUCCCCUCCGUUACACCUACCGCUCCCACUCAUGAUUCCCCUGAAGCCGAACGCACUGCCGCCGCCUCAGAAACAGACGAAUCUGAAGACCCACCGUUGACAUUUCUACGAAGACCCAAACGCGGUCUCUCAGUCAACGAUCCAGCGUCGCCCAGCUCUCCCGCCGCCAAGACUGGUGCUCUUCGCCGUGCUUUUUCGGUGCCUUACUCCCGUGAAAACGCCGAUACGGCCAACAAAGAAAAUGAAAAAACACAAGACAAGGAACCUACAAUUGGCAAUGUAAAGUGGGCCAAGUUGCGGUCACUUCUGCCCCACAUCGUGCACCCGCAAGAGAACAUCCUCCCGGGCCCGUCGAUGGUGACAUCCCAGGCAGUCAACAUCACCGAUGAGCUGAUCACUGGCGGUCUUUCGACCCUCAUGCUUCGUCUAUGGAUAGAGAGAGACGAAAGGGGCAAUCGAAGGAUACCGAUUCUGUUCCAUCGUCUCCGAAUCCGAGUCAGUGAUAGCUUACACCCCAUGCACCGUCAUGGUUCUGUAUUCCGCAUAGAAUGUGAAUACGCAAAUGGAGCUGCUCGCUGGGUUAUCUAUCGCGAAUUAAGAGAUUUUCUUUCAUUACAUGCUCACUACACGGUUUCGAAUGUCUAUAAUCGAAACGUUGACAAGAUGCCUGAGUUUCCUACCACCAGUCUUCCUUACUUCAAGUUCUUGAAGAAAGAAGGCAGGGAGAAAGGUAGCAAGGUGGAUAGAGCAGACUUCGCUCGCCUUCAGAGGGAAGCGUUGGAGAAUUAUCUCAUCAGUCUCAUUAGAGCUGUUAUGUUCCAUCCUUCCUCGAACCGACUGGCUGGUUUUCUCGAGAUUAGUGCUUUAUCGUUAACGUUGGCCCAGUCAGGAGGUUCUCAAUAUAAAGCUGGAUUCCUGCGAAUUGAAGCCAUCAACAACGGUGGAGGUGGUUUCGGGAGAAAAUCUGUGGGCUGGAAGGAGAAGAAGGAAUCAAGAUGGUGCGCUGUGCGCGAGAGCUAUUUGGUAGUACUCUGCCAACCAGGAGAACUUGAUGUCUGGGAUGUUUUUCUACUUGAUUCUGACUUCAGAAUAGAACGUCCAAAAAGAUACUAUAGGCAAGGUUUAGGGAACCUGCUUCAUGUCGACAAACCAGAUGCAGAACAUCCAGCUCAGCAGCGUAAUCAUCACCAUGAUACAACCAACGGAGAAAAAGCACAUUCAUCAGCACAUUCACACCUGCAGAGCCACACCUCGACGCAUCUUGACACGGAAAGAAAAUCAAUCAUGUCGUCCAUCAAGUCGCAUGUCUCAAAAAUAUUCCACUCAGACAAUCUGUCGGCCAACGGUCAUACCAACGGUCAUGCCAAUAGACAAAGCGGGGACACUGAUGAUGAUCGAAGCGUUAGCUCAGGCUCCGUGGGCUCUUCGGACCAUUCGAGGCCGCCUACUCCUAUGCUUGACCCCUCGACGAACACAAACCCAUUACAGGGUGCUGACGAUGGCCACGAUCAGGGAGAUGCGGACGGAGCAGUGAAGAAAAUCAAGUCAGGCGCUAAAAAGGUUUCAGGCGACGUCUCCAAACACAUAUUUUACGUUGUAAAUUCACAAAUGAGGCUGAAACUAACUGCCCGGAAUGAGCGUCAAAUGCUACAGUUUAUCACUGCACUGGAAAAGACUGCCUCUACGUCGCAUUACACUGGAAGUAAUCGAUUUGACAGUUUCGCUCCCAUUCGCCUUAAUGUAGCCGCCCAAUGGCUAGUUGACGGGCGAGAUUAUUUCUGGAACCUAUCCCGUGCGAUGCUCCUUGCCAAGGAGAGCAUUUACAUUCAUGACUGGUGGCUUUCUCCGGAGUUACAGAUGCGUCGUCCAAAUAAAGAAAGGUACCGACUUGAUCACCUAUUGGAAAGAAAGGCCAAGGAAGGCGUAAAGAUAUACAUUAUUCUCUACCAAGAAGUUUCAAAUCGAACGACUCCAACAGACAGCAACUAUGCCAAGCAACGGUUGAUUGGUCUUCACCCAAACGUAAUGGUGCAAAGAUCUCCCUCGCACUUCCAGACGGGCACCUUCUACUGGGCGCAUACCAAAGCUGACGGUCCUGAUAGAUGGGACACUCCUCAGCAUGUCCUUACUGACGACACAGCUGAUACAGACAGGGAGGAAAUUUGGCCUGGUAAAGACUACAGUAAUCCUCGGCUGUCAGAUUUUUACAAUCUGAAUAAGCCUGAAGAAGAUAUGUACGACCGUACGAAGGUGCCAAGGAUGCCUUGGCAUGAUGUCGCGAUGCAAAUAGUGGGGCAGCCUGCUCGCGACUUGGCACGUCAUUUUGUGCAGAGGUACAACCACUCUCGGGUCAUGCCUUUCCUAUUGCCCCCGCCCGAGUUCAGGCCAGGAGAGCUGACACAAAUGGGCCUGACCGGGACCUGUGAACUGCAAAUAUGUCGAUCCGCAGGGCCGUGGUCUCUCGGCACACCAGGAAGGAUUGAGCAUUCGAUCCAGAACGCAUAUCUGAAAGCGAUUCAAAUGUCCGAACACUUCGUUUACAUCGAAAACCAAUUCUUUAUCACAUCAACCGUGGUGAACGAUGUGAAGGUCGAAAAUAACAUCGGCGAUGCUAUUGUUCACCGCAUACUUCGUGCGCACAAGGAUGGGGUCCCAUGGAAAUGCUGUAUUUUGAUACCCGCUCUACCUGGCUUCACCUUUCCUGUCGACCACAGUGACGCUAGUGCAAUUCGGAUAAUCCUCGAGUGCCAGAACAGAACGAUUGCACGAGGACCGAACUCUAUCUUUUCUCGACUCCGAAAAGAAGGGAUCAACCCUGAUGACUAUAUCGCUGUAUUCUCUUUGCGCAACUGGGCAAAGAUGCGAGGAGAUGUCCUCACCACAGAACAGGUUUAUAUUCACGGCAAGGUCUGCAUUGUGGACGACCGGCUGGCCAUUAUUGGAAGUGCAAAUAUCAAUGAGAGGUCUCAAAGAGGAGACAGAGAUUCGGAGUUAGCGGCUGUGAUACGAGAUACGGAUAUGAUAGACAGCACAAUGGCUGGUAAACCUUUCAAAGUUGGUCGUUUUGCUCAUACUUUGAGGGUUCGGUUGAUGCGAGAGCAUCUUGGGAUCGAUGUCGAUGCUCUGGACGAGGAAGAUCUCAUGAUGAACGAUCCAGUCAAACCCGAACAUGAACAGGAGGUCUGGGAUCCAGAUAAAGAACAGGCCUAUGGAGAGGAAGGUGGCGUGACCCAUAUCAAAAAAUCUAAACAGAAGACACGAACAGGUGCUCUCGCCUCUGAUGUAAAGGAUAGCAUUAAUCAAGCUGCGGAUGCUGGUGCAGAGGCCACAUCGACUAAAGUUGCCAAUGUUCUUCGAGCGAUGAGCCUCGUGGAAAAACAGGCAGGACACAACGUCGGAGAUGAUACAAUAAAUGAAGAACGUAAGGAUUACAACCGCGAGGGUCAGAAAGAGACAGGAUUCGCAAGCUCUGUCGUUCCAACACUUGAAGAAAAGGUUGUGGCAGAGCAGCGCGCUGGAAUGACACAUACAGAUGGAAGUAGCAUCACGGAUGGCACUGGAGAAAGCUUCCAAUCACGGGGCAAGAGCACGUCGAAUGGUCGCGCAGCACCCAGUGAUAGCUCGUCUGACCUGCAUGCAGAUGACAACACUUUAUACGGAGCACCAGCCAAUGCAAAGUUUCCUGCUAGUGACGAUGAGCCACCUUCCCGGUCUUUGAAAAGCGACUUGGAUGACGAAGAACAGGCGGCUCCCGGUGCUAGGGCAAUAAUUAGAGAAAACUUGGGAGGAAAAUCCACCCGAAGGCGUCCUUGGACUGUACCCACCACUAAACCCCACGUAGACCCACAGGACUUUGAAGAUCCUAUUUCCGAUUCUUUUUGGAAGGAUAAGUGGGUCGCCAGCGCGGUGCACAAUACGGAAAUCUACAGAAAAGUUUUUCAUGCUGUACCAGACGAUCUCGUUACGACUUGGAAGCAAUAUAAGGAAUUUGUGGCUCAUCACGACCGGCUCAAGAAGCCUACCCGGGGAAGUUCAACUGGAGAACCGGUGGCUCGUGUCCCGUCUGAAUCGGGAGAUGAAAAUACUCAUGAAUCACAAACCUCUGAUACGGUAGACGGCGCUUCACAGGCGAGCAAAGAUGAAACUGAAGAUGCUCCGCCAACACCAUCUUACACUGUCGUAAAUGAAGAACCUCCUAAACCCCGCCGACCUGCAAAAGGUUCGGAACCAUUUGAGAAAUGGGAACGGGAAGAAAUGGAGAAAUUACUUCGACAGAUUAAUGGUCAACUUGUGGUUUAUUCAAAUCGAUUUUUGGAGGGUGAAGACAUUGCGAAUAAUUUUCUCUUCAACGCCGACAGGCUCCUUCCUUUACCCAUCUAUAACUAA